AUGCCAGGUUAUGGAAAGGGUUCUGACCUCGACCGCGGAGCAGCCGAACGCGUGUUCUACAGACUGCUGAGUGAAGAUGCCUUGGCCGAAGACAAUGUGAUCAACAAGAGCAAGUUCGCCACGCAAUACAUUAUUCUUGGCCGUCGUGCAGCAGAGUACGAGAGUGGCCAGCGGAAGAUGAAGCUUGAGGUGCGCGCAUCACCGAACAGCAAAGCCAAGGCCCAGGCGAAAAGCAAGUCCACGACGGCCGCGAAUAAAGGUAAAUCCGGCACUUCGGGCUAUCCUCAGUCGACCAUGGUCUCGUCCCCAGUUCAAUCAGCCCAAGAUCGUCGUAUCGAACGCUUCCAGUACGGCGGCCCCUCGGGGGAACAAUUCUCGGGCGGUGAUGAUGAUGAGAGCGACGGGUUUGAGCCAAUACGGGUUACCGGAAAGCCUCAGCGAACAAACACGCGUGAAAUGGGACCUCCCAUCACCAGUGAUCAGAGGUUGGAUCGACUCGACCAUAUGCAUCGGGUGGUUGUAGAGGAUUUCCAGGAGCAUGCAAAGAUCAUGCUUCAAGAUCUCGUUGUUAAGAAAGGCCUUCGCUGUCAGCCUUUCUCUGAUCAGUCGCUUCGUGAAAUGGCCAUAUCCUUCCCCACAAAUCUGAACGAAUUAUCUACAAUUCCAGAUAUUGACCAAGACAAAGUCAAGCGGUAUGGCCGGCAAAUCCUGGAACUCGUUGGCAAUGCAAAGCGACGCUACGAGGAGAUGACGCAGGAGGCAGAGACGAACGGGGUUGUCGCAGAUCCCAAUCACCAUAAUGUCAUCAAUUUGAGCAGCAGCGACGAGUAUAGUGACGAUGAUCUGUUCAUGGACGAGGGCACAUUCAAUUUCGAUAACCCUAUCCAAGAACCACCGCCCAACACGGCCGAGAGUAUCACAAGCCGUUACUUCCCUCCGCCAGCUUCACCGGGUUAUGACUCAGGUGACGACUUUGACACUGGCCCUGCAGCUUCUGGCGCCAAGGGCCGCAAACGCGCACCUGGCAAACGGGCACCGCGAAGGAAGUAUGGCUCCACUGGCAGCUCCACAAGCGGCUGGAAAGGCAAGGGCUCGCGGUCAAAAGCCAAGUCAGAUCGGCCUGCGAGCCAGUGCGCGCCUCGAAAGAACGCCAAAACCAAAACCCCCAAGUCUACGAUUGGAAUGAUGCCCCUUUGA